AGUCCGAGAGAAGAGGGAAGUUCGGUUUGUGUACAAGUCAGAUCGAGCACCUUGUUUUCUCGUGUGAAGACACGAAGAAUGAACGGAUGUAGCUGAGUCCUCCUGUGUGGAGGCUGCAGUUUGACGUCUUGUCCACAUGAUCUCUCUUUGCCCCUGAGUAAAUUCACCUGGACAAGAGACCCAAUGUCUCUGCUGCAACCAGCCCUCCAGCUCCGGCACACGACAGAGCCGCUGCCGAGUGUCCAGGAGGAGAUUCAGUUCUGGAUGGACAAAGCGGUUGCUUGGGGCCAGGCUGACAGUCCAGACACUCAGAGAGACACCAGCCUGCACUUGAGAAGAUUAAGCAGUUACCUCCAGGAACUGCUCACACAUAUCAACAAUGCGAGAUCCACAACAGAAACCAUGAAGCGGCUGCCUGCCCUGGGCCAGCUCCUUGGCCGACUGUGCUGGAACCCUCACGUUACCGCUGAUGAUAUGAGCAGAGGGCUGCUGUUCCAGUGUCUGUGGGGACUGCACUCAGAGAAUCCAAGCGAUGCUGUGGAAAGAAAAGCCAACCAGUGGAUACGGAAAGUGUUGUGUCAGCUUUCUACAGAAGAAGAUGAUGCUGCGGCGCAGAAAUUAAUGAAGCGUAUGGGUGUACCACCAAAAGAGUACCAUCUCAAAGUCCUGACAAAGAUGGUGGCAGUGCUGCGGGAAAACAUUGGAAAGAGCUGUAGUUCUCCGGGCAACAUAAAUCAGAGGUGUUCAUGUGACAGCAUCCUGGCUACAUCCGAGGCGUGUGUCCCUCUGGUCUCUUGUCCGGAGGCCGCCCCUCUCAUUGGUGCACUGCUACAGCGUCCAGCGACUUGUGUCAGAGCAGCUCUGAGUGAAGACUUCCUGGAGGCACUGAGCUCUGCCUUCUCCAGUAAGGUCUUGUCAUUGGAGGAUCAGGCUGUCGUCUCUCUGUGGAUUCACAGUCUGUCCAGCCUGGAAGAGGCCGUGCUCAGUCUGCUGGAGUCUGUUCUGAGCAACACGGGGUCAACACCACAGAGGAUGGUGCAGCACGUGUCACAGUCUCUGCUGCCUAAAGCCUGUGCACAGCACUGCUCAAUAUUUUUAGUUUUAAAUGACAUCUUCAGGUCGACCCUUAAACAAUCUGAAGGAAACAACUCUGUCAAUUCUCUUAUCCAAACAUUCACCAGCUGUUUUCUGAGGGAACUGGCCCUGCUGCAGCCUCAGAAGUGUGUGUCGCUGAAGGCUUUCUUCCCACAGUCACCUCAGGGUGUGCUGGUUCCUCUGUUGACCCUGCCGUCAGAGAUGCCUCAGGAGGCUUGGAGACAUCACCUGAACUGGCUCAGCAGCUCAUUACAGAGACUGACAGAGGAGGAAGAGGAGGGAGACGGCAGCAGCAGCACCAGGGGGCACCAGAAGGUGUUUGAGGCCUGGUUCCUGCUGGUUCAGUGUGCUCACUGGGUGCAGGUGAGUGUCCAACUUCUGGGGACAAACGGGCUCGAGGACCGUGGCCCCCUCUUGUGGCUGCUGACCUUCUACCACCACCCCACCAACAGGGGGCACCACAGAGAUCUACAGCUGGUACAGGCCAGAGAAGCGUGGAACCACCUCCACGCCCUCUUCUCGGCCUCCGCCCAUCCACCUCCUGGUGACCGCCAGCAGCUGUUGGUCGCUCUGCUGUCGCCACGACCUCAGCAGCCAUCCCUGUCUCCGUUACUGAUCUUCAGCCUCUUACUCAACUUUGCUGUUUUUUCCCAACAACCGCUGAGCUGCUCGACACAGGUUUUACACACGGUGGUGCGUCGGUCUGGUCUGGUGGAAGAAGCAGCGUGUGCUCUCCGCUCACUGGAGCUCAGGCUAAAUGCAGGAAGCUGCUCAUCAAGCGACGCUACCAGAGUUCACCUCAGGAUCGAGGCACUUCAGAACACACUAACACAUAUGCAGGCAGCAUGAAGCCCUGCUGAGAGCCAAGCACACACACACACACAC